AUGACUGUUUCGCAGUCGAAAUGCGCUUUUAGUCGCGAUUCCUAUGCACAGGCAGUACGAACGAGUGCAUUCGCCGAUUUCCUGUCGGAUGACAGCGACAGUGAAGAUGAGGAUGAUGCACAUUCGCGUGCAACAUUUAGGAUGGAACAACAAACGGACGACUGGUUCUAUGCCGAUUCGUUGAAUAGUGAUGAAAAUAGUAGGAAUCCCAGCUUUCGUCUACCUCUUGGAAACCCAAAAGUUCUUGGUGAUGACAAGUCAAGUCGCUUGAAAUCAAAGGUGAUGAAACAGACCAUGGGUAGUUCUGACGUCAAUAAACUGGAACAACUUGCUCGAAAAAACAAGAGCAUAGGACGCAUUUCACUGACUUUAGGUGAUGGUGUUGGUGCAAAAGCUGCUGAUCGUGGUAUUGACCGUCACGGUCAAAGCUCGUUGGACUCUUUGUCCAGUCCACCGAGCUUUGACCCGGACGACGAUAGUUUUUUUGAUGAACCUCGACCCAGUUUCUCGGACGAGCAUAGUUUCAUAGGCGAAGACAGCUUUAUGACAAUUGACACGAGCUUUGUGUAUCGACCAAGUGUGCUAGAUGACGACAAAGUGGAAAGACAGAGCAAAGCGAGUGGAUCGAGCAAGAAUAGUUUUGUUGUUCGACCAUCUUUGCUGGACGCUUCAUUGUCACCUUCGAUUCUCAGCAUCUCCCAAGAAUCCGCUGCUGAUAAGACCGCUGCAAAGUUCCUCGAUGCGACGUGUGACUUGGAUGAUAGAAUACCAACGUCAGCAAACAAGGUUGUCGGCAAGACAUCAGGCCACACACUAAAGAGCGCAGCUAUUCAAGGUGAAGCAGGUUAUGUUAACGCAACUGUGGCGGCGAUCACGUCUUUGAGUGCAACCAAGCCUGUAUUGUCCCGACAGUCUAGUGCAGCGUCGUCAUCAAGUUCCUCGUACGAUGUAGUUUCACAGCGGCGGCCGAUGACAGCAACUCACGAGUCUUGGAGGAUUUCGUCGGUAGCCCUCAAUGAGAGCAAGCAUGCCUUCGAUGAAGAAUUAGAGCCUCUAGUUGGCUCACUACAGUCACCGUUAGCAUCCGCAGUACCUGCAGAAAGUGAGCAGCAAAAUUACCGUAUCACCAGCGCAUUUGAAGAACACAAUGCAGUGGCGUCUACAUCGCCCAGCUGCAUGUUAUUCUACAACCAACCGAGCUUCUUUGUCGACGAUAAUCAGCAGAGCUUUCCAUCUGUAGGCUCACCGUCAUUGGGCUCUCGGCCUUCAGGGGACUCUUUUGCAAAUGUUGCGAUUCUUGGGGAUGACGUUCAUGACCGGAAUGAAAGACGUAGCAGCGACCUGAUACCGCAGGAUGUUGACGAGUUUCCGUCUAACAGCGUCCCUGUUGUCUACCCGACCACAUGUGAUGCUCUCGACCAUAGCUACAGCAACCUUGUGAGGCCAGAUCGUAUUACCACUAAACCAGGGGAUCAUGACAGCAGCGCAAUCAUAAGUGUGAAUGGCACGAGUUUAGGAAGUUUCUCCUUAGCUUUGUCGGCGGCGUCCCAGAUCUCGGCGACAAGCGAUGAGCUUCCUUUCCUCUCGUUUAGCGUUGCCAAGCCUGCUAUCGCAACAGAAUUAACCAAGCAGCAAAAGCGACGGAAAGUAAUGGAGAAGCGUUCGUUUGUCACGGCAUUGGAGAAUUCAGGUCGACAAGAGGCUGGUUACGAAGCGGGGCAGAUAUUAUACAGGUCUAUCGCACUUCCCCGUGGUAGCGGCCUCAAAACGGGCAAGCCCUCAGAUUCUCUCUCUUCAGCGUACUCUACUGGUAAUUCCAAUUUCUCUUCAGCAGCGCUCCUGGCGGCUAUCAAAAUGCGAGACAUUCAUACGGAUGCACGGUCGGAAGAAACGGAAGCGAGUGAUGUGGCUAUCGGUACAUUACCUCAGCUGGUACUCCCACUCAAAGUUAUUCUCGCAUCUCGAAGCUCGUUCUCAUCGACAUCACUAGCGAAUACAGGUGUGGAGUCUGCCUCAUCGGUCUUAGCAGCGAGGACUCGUGCAUCUCUUGCAUCGUCGGCUAGUAGUGCUGAUCGUCUUGACUUCACUGGAGUUUACCGCGGCUCGAUAAACAGCUCAAAGUCUUCGAUUAACAAUGGUAGUCCGUCACGACCUGUUCGACCCGACAUGCGGACUGUGAGGUCUCAGCAAACGUCUUUAGGUGAACGCAAGGACGCGCUUCAAUUCGAGUGCUUGGGCGUGAAGUUGGAACGCUCUAGAAGUGAUGGCCGAUCAAUGCAGCGCGAAGCUCGGCAAAAAGUUAAGAAUUUCUUUCGAGAUACAUAUGAGAGAAGCGUGCUCGAUGAAGAAGAGGGGCAUCGUGUGACGAAUCGAAGAGCGCGCGCUUGCACAUCUCUGGCUCAAUACGUGGACAACGUUGUGGAGGGGCCUCAGAGUUUUGCUUCGCAUAACACCACGGUGGCCAAAGUUGUCGAUCUGAAGAAUUUGCGCAAUGGUGGCAAGCGGCUUGGGUGGCACUUGCAAUAUGACGCUGUUCCUCUGACACUUCAGCAAGAGGAGUCGACAAAGCGCAGGGCAAUGAACGUGACGAUCGAAACUACCAGCUCAGGCACAGGCACCACAGCGACACGAUCGAUGCCAUCCGACCACAUUCCUGUGCCUCGAAACUACGUGGUAAGCCCUCAGGCAACAGGUGCUCUCGAACCCAAAAUGUACGCAAAGGAAAAAGCGCAUGCGUCGCAAUCUAAAACCGCAGUAAACGUAAGUGGAGAUGAAGGCAGUGGGUUCUUCUCCGUACCAUCGGGUCCUGAAGGGAACGAUGUUUGCAGAUCUGGAGCGAUGCCAAGGCGACGGGCUGACAAUAGGAUGCCACAAAGACUCGCACCACCACGGCUUUCAGUAUGUGAAUCGCCAUCCCUUUCUUCGUCUCCCUUUGCGACAUCGUUCUCAACUUCUCAUGGGCUUGGUGAAAGUGGUGGUGCUGGAAGUGGAAGAUCCCCGGGGAACUCGCCAGUGGUUUUUGCUGCUACCUCAAGAGGAUUUCUGUGGAAGCCAACAAGCAGCUUUUACAAUUCAAACGCUGCAUCUAGCGAUUCACUCUUGGAUGGUUCACCUGUAAUAUCUCAGCGAUCCAAGCUAGUCGACCGCGUGCAGAAUCUAUCAGCGUCAGUGGCAAGCUCACUGCGGCGUUUCUUGUACAGUAAAGACUUUUGCAGGCAGAAUGGCAACGUGAACGUUACGUCACCGCGAUCCCGAGCCACUGAUCCAGCAGCACUUCCGCGGGCUUACAACCACAACGACUUUUACGAGAUUCCAUUCAAGGUGCCAGAUUUAAACAAACCUUUGCUGCAGCAGGAAAAGCAGCAGCUUGUGGAGAGUGACCGUAAUUGGAUUCGACAAUGGUUGAUCCUGGCGAUGUGUGCGGUGUUUGGGUUGUGUGCAGGAGCUAUUUUGGUGUAUGUUGGUGCACGCGAUGCUAGCAUCUUCAACCUGUCAGCUCCUGAAGUACAUGACCGUCAAGAGACCAAUGGAGAGUUGGUGUUUGCUGCUGGCGUGCGAUGGUUUUUGCUACCAGGACAUUUAUUUGAGCGAGUAUGGGGCGCAGUAGCAACCCCGUUACUGGUCUGCUACGUCGUGAACGCAAUUUCAGAUCUCGUGGGCUGUGCAGACAAAGAUAAGCUAGUUCUGAGCUUUCGUUCGAUUGGGUACGCGAUGAUGCUGGCAAUGUUAGCAACAGUCGAAGGAGUUUUGGCAAUGUGGAUGACGCACAAGUUUGGGUGGUUUAGAAAAAGUAGCAGCACAGCUAGGUCAGAGGCAUCAAUACUGUCUGAUGCUAUCGGUGUGACUCCAUUGCCUCAAGGAGCGAUGGGUCUAGUAUGCUCUGGCGAUGACGAGUACCUACGACGUCUGGAUCAUGACGUGUUUGCUUGCUCAAAUGCGUCGUUAUUGCUACCACUGUACAAGGACGUUAGCACGAACUCGACCGACAUCUCUGGCAGUGGACCAGGUGUGUUUGCAUUGCGAGAAGUUACUCGAGUGUUUGCGACACCAAAGUCAACAAAGGCGUACUAUCCGGUAUCACUAGGCACGGAAGGCAACGCAGCUGCUUCGCUGUUGUUAUCGCUAAGUCCUGACAAUUUAGCUGCACGGUACCGAGAGGUUGCAAGUGAUGGAAUUGUGCUUCUGGGUGGUCUCGUCGUGUUUGCCUUGUUUUUGGGAUAUGUCUGCGGAAAGCGGAUACUGCGACUACGGCGUGAUGCCCAAGCGGCGAUGUUUGAGUCGACGGAAAGGAAUGAUACAAAUACCGAGAAUCCACACAAGGCUCACCACUAUCUUGUGAGCCUCUUGGUGGAAUUGCAGCUUGCUCUGGAGUGGAUGGUUCGACCCAUGGAGCGAUAUCUGGCACCAGUAGGAUUUUUUUCGCUUAUGUUGGGGCACGUGGUGGCUCAUCAUCGGGAGUGGUAUUCAUUCACGUCUCCAAUGUCGUCGCUGAUUGCUGGUGUGAUAAUUAUAUUCAUCCUACAUGUCAUGCUGGUUCUACCGAUGGUACUCAAACAAUUUUCCAGCAGUGAUCUUCGAUUGCCUCUGAUGACAAAGACGAAAUCAUUUGUGCCGGCAAUUCUGUUUGCAUUCACAACUGACAAUGUAGUACUGUCGGCGCCAGUAACGAUGCAGUGCUACGCUCGUGCUCUCACAGUGACUCGCUCAGCCGCACAAGUGGCUACUGCAGUGACGGCAGCAUUUACUCGAAAUGCACGCGGAUUGUAUCUACCGCUUAUGCUGUUGUGGCUAUUAGAGACCUCAUCAUCUGAAAAGCUAGAGCUGAGUGUAUCCGACUACUUUUCUAUUGGAUUCUUGUCAAUGUUGAGCUGUUUCUGCGGUGGCAGUAGUCGCUUGACCCUGACAAUGGCACGCACUCUGUGGUCGAUUCGAUCGUCGAAUCCUGCAAGUGCAUUGCUUAUCACGAUGCCAUUGUUGGUCGUAUGUGACGUGGUGCUUUCACGGUUUGCCACUAUGGUGACUCUGAUGGACCAUUUUGUGCUCACGCACAUUGCAGCUCAGCACUGGGGGGAGACGGUUGUACACGGACCAACACAACCAAACCGACCCAACAAUAGUAGCGACUCGAGCGCCAGCCCGCUUCAUGACAGUCAAUGUCCUCGUCGUCUGUCCAGUGCAAUGUUGUCUUCGGUUUCCUUGUAA